AUGGCUGUUGGCGGCUGUUUUUGCGGAAAGGUUCGGAUCCAAUAUAAUGGCCAGCCUAUAACAUCGGUUAGUGCACUCUGCCACUGUCUUGAUUGUCGCAAACUUACCGGCACUCUCUACACGUAUAAUUUUGUCGUCAAAAGUGCCGACCUGAAGAUCACUGGAAGUCCUAAAGAAGUGGCAAAAACGUCAGACAGUGGAAAUCAUAUUAAGAAUUAUUUCUGUUCGGAUUGCGGAACGCCGCUCUAUGGGCUGAGAAUAAAUUCUGCUGGAACUCCUGACGAGACAAUAAUCCUCCGGGCAGGAAUACUAGAUGAUAUCGGAAUUCUGAACGAGCACGAGCCCGGGGCGGAGAUAUACACUGAUAGACGCGUCAGUUGGAUCCGUCCUGCCGAAGGGGCUAAUCAAUUUGUUGGUAUGCUACCACUCCCAUAA